UUCAGUCGGGCAUCGAACGCGUUCGCGACUCGUACGUUAAUAACGCUCCGUCUCCACUCAUUCCUUAUCCCCAACUGUCAUUAACCCUCAUCAUACAAACCAAUAAUAACCAAUAACCCAAUAAGCAUCGAUUCUCCAUUGACAUAAUAAAAUGAAAAUUUCACCACUGGUGAAAAUAUCAUUUGGCAAAUUGCUGGCAAUUAUAUUGCGCGCAUCGGAUUGCGUCAAUUGAGGUGGUGUGUUUAACCCCCUUGUGAUGCGCCGUCGCUGCCCAUCGGCCUCAUCAAUUUGAAUAAAAGAGACCUUCCUAGAGCAAAUAAUCACAACUGAUCCUCUGGAUAUAAUAAAUUAAUCGGUGGUGCACCAGUGAAUUUAUCGAGGGAUUGAUUUGGUGUCUAGUUGUUAAUUUGAGUCGACGGACGUGACAGCCCGUUCGACUCAAAUAAUUCCAAAUGGAGGAGAUGAACGGAAAAAUCCAUCACCAUGAUCAGCUGGAUGCUGCAUCCAUUGACACCGAUAUUCUCAACCCAUUUGUCCAUCGGUUGGAUCUCGGCACGACUUAUGAUAAGCUCAAGACGGCGUUCUUGACGGUGGCACUUCUCCCCUUCCGCCUAGCGGUAAUCACAGCUCUGGUGAUAAUGGCGUGGCUCCUCGCGUGCCUCGGCCUCCACGGCCUCUCCGAGGAAGAUCUCCGCCGCGCUCCUCUCACCGGAUGGCGACGAGAUAUGAGGGUGCUGGUGUGCUGGGUGAUGCGGGCAAUGUUCGUCUGCGGUGGAUUUCACCAUUUGAAGGUCAAGGGUCAGAAGGCAACGACUAAGGAUGCGCCAGUGCUUGCUUUGGCACCGCAUUCGAGCUUCUUCGAUGCACUACCGGUUGUCUACCUUGGUGGUCCCAGCAUCGUUGCCAAAGCCGAGACCGGCAGAAUUCCAUUCUUUGGAAAAUUGAUAAAUUACACUCAACCAGUGUAUGUCUGGCGGGAUGACCCAAACUCCCGUCAAAAUACCAUAAAAGAGAUAAUUGAACGAGCGACGUCGAAGGAGGACUGGCCCCAGGUGAUGAUAUUCCCAGAGGGAACCUGCACUAAUCGCUCGUGUCUCAUCACCUUCAAGUGCGGAGCAUUCUACCCCGGCGUGCCUGUUCAGCCUGUGUGCAUUCGCUAUCCGAAUAAAUUAGACACAGUUACCUGGACAUGGGAAGGCCCUGGAGCAUUGAAAUUACUGUGGCUUACACUGACACAAUUAAACAGCAGCUGUGAGAUCGAGUUCUUGCCAGUUUACAGGCCGAGCGAGGCUGAAAAAACAGACCCUAAACUAUACGCGAAUAACGUUCGACGGUUAAUGGCUGAAGCGCUUGAACUACCAGUAUCGAAUUAUACAUACGAUGACUGCAGAAUAAUCAGCAAAGCUCACUCACUUCAUCUGCCCCACGCCUCGAAUAUCGUUGACGUGCAUAAAUUGCGGCACAAACUCGGUUUGCAGAAGAUAAAAGCGGAGGAGGAAUUGGUACAGCAGCGGAUAUCAAGAUUCGGUGACGCAGUGGAUCUUCAAGAAUUUGCGAGAAUACUUAGGCUGGACCCGAAGGAUCCAUCAGUCCAGCAAUUAUUUAGGAUUCAUGACAGGAAUAAUCGCGGGCGAGUGGACCUGCAGGAGUACAUAUUCACUGUCCUGGCGAUAGCGAAUGCAAAUUCAGAGCUAGACCUUGUGGACAUUGCCUUCGAGGUCUGCGACUCGAACGGCACAAAGUGUCUCAGCGCCAAGGAGCUCCAGAAGGUCCUACGGUUGUCCUUACAGCUGCACCCUGAAGAGUGCGAUCGAAUAUUCCUGCAAGCAUGUCGAGAAGCCGGUGGAGGGGACUCAGUAACAUUAGAAGACGUAAUAAGUGUAUUGGGAAACCGACCCGAGUACUCUCACCUAUUUUCAUCGGACAUGGAGGAGAGAAGGAAAAAAUCUAUUUGAGAGUGUCUAUUCGGCUCGUCGGAAAGUCCUCCAGUGAUCAGGAAGAACCGGGACUCGGACAAGCCGCUGCUGACAGGCGUCUGCUCGCCCGUCUAAUAGUUCUAGUUCGCACUCUAAAAGUCAAAGUUCUUCCGCGUUACUCCCCCCUUCGUUUCCCGUAAACCAGUCAUAUAAAUAGGGCAUAAGUUUGCUAAUUUGAAACAGACAGUCCCUAUCCCCUAGUGGGAAUCAACCAGCGACUAGAACCUUAUCAAUUAGAUAGAUUGCUCAGGGCUAG